AUGCGUCGUAGUCGCUCGGAGGGUGCGAAGUCCUUCCUGGGGCAGGCUGUUGCCAGGUAUGAUGUGGACGAGUUGGAUGACUUGGGCAAGCGCUCCAAGAGGGAGGACUAUGUCGAGGUUAAACGUCCGGAUGGGACCGUUGCGAAGGCUCGUGGUGAGCGAACCUUUUAUGGUGCCUUUGAGGGAGGCUUCAGUGCUGGCUACUGGGGAACAGUAGGAAGCAAAGAGGGCUGGGAGCCCGCGUCCUUCAGCUCCAGCCGUUCCAAGCGCCAUGCCGAAGCAGCACUGCAGGUGGAGGAUUUCAUGGAUGAGGAGGAUUUGCGUGACCAUCGUUCUUCCAGAAAGACAAUCGCAGCUCGCAGUGAGUUUGAAAACUCACAAGGGCAAGCGCCAAACAGUUCAGCAGGAUUGCCGAAUGGACUUCCUCGUCACUUAGAAGCAGAGCUUUUUGCUGGCGACAAUCGUUUGGGAACGCGCCUCCUGCGCGCAAGCAGCCUCGUGUCGCCAUUGGAAGCCUUGUCGCCUGAGCCUGUUCCUACAUCAUCGAGUGCGAAGACCAAGAAGUCAUACGGCUGUGCACCUCCCCCUCCAGGAUACACGCCUGCCAAAACACUCGUGGAUGAGGUUGGACUGGAAUGGCCGCAGCAGCCCGGCAAGAGGUUGGCUGCUACACUGACUGGACCGCAAGUUGCCAGCAGUUCGGCUCUUGAAGCUGAGCUGGAAAGGCCGUGGCGAAGCAAAAAUGAUCUCCACGGCAUUGGCUACACUUUGGGUUCCAGGUUUUGCUCAGCAAACAGUGUUCCCAACAGCCGACGGCUGUACAUGUCAAGUGCUCGUGGGAAAAACCUAGCGGCAAAGCAGGGCAUCGGUUACGCACAAUUUGGUACGGGAGUUCUUGAUCAAGAUGACUAUGAUGCUUGGGAGGAGGUUUACGACCAUGAGACUGACAAGCAUGCGCACUAUCAUCCAUCCUUGAGAGACGAGGAGGCCGAGGAGGAGCAGAGCCGUGCAGCUUUGAGCGACCUUCCCGUGCCGUCGGUGCCAAAGAUCGGCGAAGUUCCUGGCUUUGUCCAAGCUCAAGGGCCGGACAAGGAGUCACAUGAUUUAAGGCACUGGCACCCGCCACCUGUGCCAAGAGGGUACAAGGGCGUUCACCUGAUCGAAGUUUCACCUCUUCAGGAAGCACAAGAAGGAAGCCAGGAACAUCGGAAGCUCCUGGAAUUUCGAGAGAAGCACGGUCAGCAGCGGCUUUUGGAUCCCCAAUAUCGCGCGGAACUUUUGGGCGAACAAUCCCGAACUUCCAAGUCUUCUGCGAAGGUGGAAUCAUCAGGAGAUGGGGAGCAUGAAGCACAAUCCUUACCUACCGAGCCCUUGAGCCCCGAGGUUUCUGUGCAACGGUCUACUGCGCCCUUGUGGCAGGUUCCUGACCAACACAAGCAAAACUUGUUGAAUGCUCUUGGCCGGCACUUUGUGAUGGGCCAGACCCAGGACAUGGAUGGCGCAGCAGCUCGCCACGAGCCCUUCAAAAACGAUCCGAGUAAACAACAGCGUUAUUCGAAGUUCUGUCGGGCCAUGGAAGGCAAGGCUGCAAUCUCCGAAGCCCUGAAGGACUUGGGCCAUCCAACGCAGGUGGAGCGUGAUUUGGAGCUCGCAGAGUUCGGCCGGGUCUAUCGUUCAUUCAGGCAGCAACAUCCAGAGGCAGACAUUGUCAAGGCUCUGGAGGAGAAGGCUACCCCUCAGCCGGCUCAAAUAUUGCAAAGGACGGUGACACCCUGGACCCCAGACAAGCUGCUAUGCAGGCGAUGGGGCGUGCCUGAACCAAAACCAAGCGGGUUUAGUGACCAUGCUCCUCCUGCUGCCCAGCAGAAGCAGCGAAAGUACAACGACCAGGUAAAGGCCAAAGACAAAGCCAAGCCUGCGAACACAUCAACCGCUUUGCCAGCUGGAAGUGGACAGAGCACACAGAAUGCGGAUCCAGUCCUACAUGCUGAUGUUGCUCCCAGUGGUGAGAUCACACGCCCACCCACAUCAUUGUUUGCUUCCAUCUUUGGCGACGCUGAUGAGUAG